AUCGGGGGAGGACAACGGAACAGCCACGUCUCAUUUCAUAUAAGAGGGACUAACUCGGUGUUUUGUCAGUACAGUGUAACGAGAGGUUGAGGGAGUCGGAUACGUACAAACUACCAGUAAAAUAACCCUCUCAUUCAUUACUUGCUUAUAACGUCCUUCUUCGCCGGAUAUAUGCACAAUCUUGUGGAUAGUACUAGAAAUAGUAGUUUGUGUUCGACAAAAGAUUCUCAUCACCACCAUCAUGUUCGCCUGCAAAGAGAUCCGAUGUGUGAUGCUAUUUUAUAUAUUUAUUCACCUUUUACACAAGUCCCAUUCAUGCAUAUUGUUGCUGAAUGGAUGGACACCGCUCACUGUUUACGAACGAGCAACUUAUGCGGAGAUAGUGGUUUCUGCCAAUGUGGUACGAGCGUUUAAAGACGUGAGAUCCGAUUCUGAAACUUACACAGCUGAGGUACAGGUGCUGGAAGUGUACAAAGGUGCCGAGUUUGUGGAUGAUGUUUCAUCCGUAGAGAGGAGCAGGAAGAUCUACAACAUCAGCAACUUCGGAGACAGGUCAAUGUGUUACGCUGACGUCGUUCCUGGAGACACCCACAUCAUGUUCCUCACCAUGUACAACGGCCGCCUGUCAGCCAAAUACGACGACAUCUUUGGAGCUGUAGCAGAGUUUACUUCUGCAAAUGAACAACAAAUCUUGGAUUAUUUAGGUUGGCACACGUGGUCCAAAUGGAACGGUUGCAGCGCCCCCUGUGAUGGUGGUGUUCAGAUGCGACAUCGUACAUGCUCGAGAGAAAACAUAACAGACUGCACGGGUGCAUCUACUGAGACGCGGAAGUGCAAUACAUACUCGUGUAAUGAAAUUACAGACCUUGUGACCAAACUAGGAAUGCCGAAAAUGCCUUUCGGCGUCUAUAAGAACCCCAACAGGACACACGCAUAUCAAGUCACCCCUCACGCCAAGCUUUUCCUCCCUGUUGCAUCUUUAUACGAAGUCUCGUUUCCACGAGAUUUCAGUGUGGCCUUGACCUUUAAACUAAAUCCUGGCUACGAAGGUUACCUUCUUACAGUUAACGAUAUCAGAGGAAGACAGAGGAUUGGACUCCAUUUUGGCACAAAUGCUAAAUUUGAGUAUUUGGAAUAUCAUGAUGGAAGGGUUGUCUCCCUUGAUUUUGAUGUCGCUGUGACUGAUGGGCAAUGGCACCAGCUGGCGUUCAGCGUCAAAGACGACAUUGUGACCUUGUUUUACGACUGCGACACCGUCAUGAGCAAGACCCUUAUCCGAAGGAAGAGUUCAACUCUUGGGAAAAACCUUAUGAUCGCCAUUGGACCUUAUUUCGCCAGGAAUGGCCAACCUUUCAGGGGUAGCAUUGAACAAAUUGUUCUGGCUGAAGACCCCAGUUUCGCCGAGCUCCAGUGCCACGUACAGAGUGACGUCACGGAUAUGCCUGUCAAGGAUGACAACAAACCCGUCACCAGUAAGCCCACACAGACUGACCUCAACAAUGUAACAACGAAACCCACUGUGUAUGGCUCUGAUUGGUCCUCGUGGUCCUACUGCAGCGCCUCGUGCGGUCAAGGGCGACAAUCCAGGACUCUUUUCUGCCGGAACAACAUUGUGGCUGUGGACCGAUGUGUGGCCAAAGACUCUCCUCACACGCAGACACGGCUGUGUUACCUGCAGGAGUGUCAAGUGAAGUGUCAGACUCCUUGUUUAAAUGGCGGAGAGUGUAACGCCAACGGAACAUGUGACUGUCCGAUGGGAUAUGAUGGCAAGAGAUGCGAAACUCCAUCGUGCCCGUUAGGCUGUGAAAACAACGGAAUCUGCGUCGGCCCAAACAUGUGCGCAUGCCCAGCUGGUUACACUGGUGCUAACUGUGAAAUGCCCAAGUGCGAACAGGGAUGCUCCAAUGGCGGACGUUGCGUUGCCCCGGGGAAGUGCGCAUGCCCAUACGGCUACCUGCAGCCGACGUGCAAACCCUACUGUCCUAUGCAGUGCCACAAUGGAGGGAAAUGCGUGCGGCAUAAUGUCUGCCGUUGUAAGAAAGGCUACACGGGGAAAGACUGUUCAGUUGCUACCUGCAAGCGUGGAUGUUUUAAUGGCGGAAAGUGUGUUGCUGCCAACCGCUGUUCCUGCCCGAGUGGAUACAGAGGGCGCUACUGUCAGAAAGCCAAAUGCCGACCAAGGUGUCAAAACAGCGGCAAAUGCAUCGCCCCCAAUGUGUGCGGAUGUAGAGGAGGUUACUAUGGCAACCGGUGUCAACUAUUUCAAUGCUUCAAGAAAUGCAAAAAUGGCGGAACUUGUACUGGUCCUAAUCGUUGUGCAUGCCCAGCGGGGUUCUCAGGUCGAAGGUGUCAGAGAGCACGUUGUCGCAGUGCCUGUCUUAAUGGAGGACGGUGCAGGAAGAACAACAAGUGUAAAUGCCCACCCGGUUUCAAAGGCCGCCGCUGUGAAACUAGAAUAUGCAAAUACGAGAAGCACUCCGUGCCACACACACGGAGCUACCGUCGUGUUGUGCGGGAAGAGUAUGUCGCCAAGUGUGGCCCCUGGCACUGGAAAACGUGUGUCAAAACUAGGUUAAAAUACGCCUUAGUUGUGAAGGACACGUACAGGACGGCUUACCGAUGUGUCAGGCCUUAACUGAGGACACACGGCCGGGGAGAAAGUUGAAGAUGUAGCCAUCUUGUGACGGAAAUGUUGAGAGGCGAUGGUUCAUUGAUAUUUUAUGUGAUCGCGAGAGAAAUCAAAAGCUGCCAUUUGUGUCAUGCACCCCUACUGGUCUUUCACAGAAGUCAUUAUUUACUUUGCAUUUUUAUGCCCCAUUUUACACAUAUUUGUUGAGUUAAGCUUUAUGUACAAUGUCCGUUGUUGAUUUAUUUAUAUAUAUUUAUUUGAGCUU